AUUAAUAAUGGUUUUUUAUUUUCUUGAUUUAUGUUUGACAAAUAGAAGCUAAUAUAUAUAAGGCUAACUAGCAAAUUCUUAGUAAUAAUUGACACCUAAUACUCCAGUAGUAAAAUGAUCAUCCAUAAUUCUCUCUAAUAUAUGAAUGACUUGUAUGCUAUAGGUAUCCUCUUCUUUACCUUAGUAGAAUCUAAACAUUACAGUUCAUUAUAGGUUCAGUAUUUUCCUAAAUAAAAUUUUAGUAACUGUACUUGCGCUGACUUAGAUUAAUAAUUUUGCUAUCCUAUCAACAGCAAUAUACAAUGUCUGGACAGAGGGCAAAAAAUUAUAUUUUUACGAAGUCAAAAGGAUACUUCCAUAAUUAAUGUAUUGCCCAGAUUUUUGCAAUGCAAGACUAUUGAACCAUUUUCAAAAAGGACGUUUGCAAAGGUAUGAGUGAGAUGGCAUAACUUGACAGGCUGGACUGGAACAUCAAUUAUCCCUAGAAAACAAGCUUAGUACUCUCAAAGAACAAGUUUACCAUCUAGGUUGUCCUCAAUGUAUGUAUCAGUUUUAUAAGGUAAGAUUCUGUAUGAAAUGGUAAGAGAAACAGCCACGAUCAUCCAUCAUAGAAAACCACCGGGGUACGUGCCUCUGCCACUCUCUCAACAGUCUGGAAUAUGAAGGCAGUAUUAUAGUAUGUACUGUAUGCAUGCAGAUCAGCUGUACUCUGAGCUUUAUUAGACCAGAGACAUGGCUCUAGUCUAGAGACACCAUAGAGAAGUGGUUCAGACCUCUCCUUGGGGACCCCCAGCCCUUCCACAACUAGCACACCUGAUUCAACUUGUCAACUAAUCAUCAUGUCCUUGAUUAGGUGAAUCGGUGCGCUAGUUCAGGGCUGCAACAAAAUUGUGAAACAUCUGGGAGUUCCCAGGGAAAGGUUUGAAAACCACUUCCAUAGUGUCUUCAGCCAUGUCCCAGGGCUAGUGCUAAUGUCCUGUAUUCCAACCCUAGAACUGUAGCUAACGGGUGUCUCCUCUGUGGUCUUCCCUCCGACAGCCUCCACCUCACCACGUUCUGCCUGCAGCACAAGCCCACAGUCAUCGCCUGCGUCUGCAUCCACCUGGCCUGUAAAUGGUCCAACUGGGAGAUCCCGGUCUCCACUGAUGGGAAACACUGGUGGGAGUAUCUGGACCGCACCGUCACGCUCACACUGCUGGACGAUUUUGGAGAAGACGCCCAGCAGGCUGAAAAGGAUACGUAACUGGAGGGUAGGUUCUGCUCUCACAACUGGUGCCACGCAAGCUGCCAAGAAGCCCAAGAUAGACAGCCAAACGGGCGACACCUCCUUCCAAGGGACCUCCUCAUUGGACGGCAUCACCGGUGUGGCCGGCAGCAACUCAUUCUUCUCGUCGUCUCUGUCAGACUCUGGGGAGAUGGCUUCACUAGACGACAUGUCUAUCCCGUUCCCUCCCUACCAGGCCCUGGCUGGGGACCACGCUGAGCUGCUGGGGCUGGACCAGGGCCUUGCCUUUCUUCCUCAAGCCAUCCCUUCAAAGUACCCAUCAGGCAAACACGAACACAAAACGGCCAGUGCAGGCAAGCAUCCACAGGCCCUGCCCAAUAACCCCUCGCCCUUCACCCGCCCCCCACAGAAACUCUCCCUGGAUAAGUACAGAGAGAAACAGGCAGCAGACCUGCAGACCAUGCAGAACGGUGUCCGAGAGGAGCAGAGCGGUGUGGACAUGUACCAGUCCCCCGCCCUCCCUCACCACCAGUCCCAUAAAAGACGCUCUGUGCAGGGUGUCCCCCAGCACGGGGACAGCAGGAGGGACAAGGCCAGCUCUAAAAAGACACGAUGUCUCCCACCACAGGCCUCGGCGGUUGAGAACGGCGUUGCGGCCAGCAACGAGGAGCUAAAGAUGAGAAUCAAAGUCUCAGCUGAGAGGGACCAGGGCAGCCAUGUUGGUGUCCCACAGGGCAAAGAGAAGUACAAAGACCACUCUGGCCCCAGCAGACACCCCAAGCACGGCCACUCGCACCCUUAUGCCCUCAGCGGGAACGGCCGAGGGGCCAUCGACCCCGCCCUGGCACUCAGAGUCCUCGGUGGCCAUGGUAGCGACCUGGGGGGCUCCAGUUCCUCCUCCAGGAAACGGGCCAACCCUGACGUCAGUAGUCACAACAACCACCACCACUCUGCUAAGAGCAGCAGGAGUUCCAAAGGUGCCGGAGGCUCCUCCCACUACUCUUCAGACGGUGGUGGCGGCCCGAGGACUGUGGAGCGACACCACGGUGGCCCGGAGGGGUCAAAUGGAGUGCUGGGGUCUAACGGCCAACACACCGACUACAAAGACACUUUUGACAUGCUGGACUCUCUGCUAAGUGCCCAGGGAAUGAACCUGUAAACUCAGAGUUAGUCGUUUAGCCUGGGUGCAGGUUGUUUGGCUCUCUUGCCAACUCUGUCCAAACAUGUUUGGCUUGACAUUUGAGUGGGCAAGACUGGACAAACAGAUCUGGAUAGUAGGCUAGGCAGGAGUUGUUGGAUAGAGAUAAAAUAAUUCUGAAAAAAAAAAAUAGGUUUUUAUGAUUUAAAAAUAAGUAAAAAAUGAUUUUAUAACUUUGAAGUUAUGUGAAAGUAACUUCAUCACCCAGUCAGUCAGUCCUGUCCACACACGGUAAUAAUUACUGAUGCUUUAAGGAUCUUCAGAAAUGUCCACAACAUGAUAUAUACACAGUGCUGUAAUGCUACUUGUCUGCUUGCUAAAAACCCCUAGGAGCCACGUUCACUGGUUCUGUGAUUGACAAAAUUCCAGAUUUUAAUUCUGUUCUUUUAAGAAGAGAGAGAAAGAGAAGUCUGCCUUUUUAUGAGUUAUUUGCUAUUAAUGAUGUGCAUGUUUCAAUCACAUAAGGGAAGAUAGCAGCCUGGUGGAGGUUCAGAGUGUCCACGGAAAUGCGUGUACGUUUUUGUAUGUUAAGAAACAACCUUAUUCCUUGAAAUACUCAGGUCUCAAAACUUUUUUUUAUAUAAAGAACGAAAUAAAUCUUCCUCUCUUGGCGUAAUACCUGUAUCUGUAGAGAUGUAUAACUUUUUGUCAUUUUGUUGGUUGAAGGCUGCAGAAGUACAGCAUCUAUCUUACCGUAGAGGCUGUUUCAGUGUGCUUGUCUUCUAAUGGGAGGACACACAUUGUAUAUGAUGGCAAUCCAACUCAUCACACAUGGCUAGUCAGAGGACAUACAAAGGCCCUUUCCCAGAUCAACACCUCAUAGACCCUAUGGCUGUAUCCAAAAUGGCACCCUAUUCCUUAUGUAGGGCACUACUUUUUGACCAGGGCCCGCAAAGUUCCCAGCUGGGAAAAACACUGGGUCUUGGUCAAAAGUAGUGUACUACAUAGGGAAUAGUGUGCCGUUUUGAGAGACACCCUUAUGCGCUUGUGGGAUCUCAAGUGCUUAGGGUCUAGGGGUGGAUUGGGGACCGGACCAUAUGCUGUCUACUGUCCAACUAAGUGGAUGCCAAAGGCUGUGCCUCUAAAACGUACGGCAGAUUAUUCUAGAGCUAUAAAAGAAGUUUACGUUAUAUCUGCUGUGAAGUGCAUUUAAAAAGAUCUCGGCAUAUUUACAAAAAGCCUUGUGAUUGUAACAAGUCGUCAACAAGUCGCUAUUCUUCAAUAUUGAUAAAUGUCUAAUUAACCAACCGCCAUCCUAUGAAAAUAUCUCUAGAGGUGAUUGUAUAUAGGACUGCAGUUCUGAGUUCUAACUAGCUAGUCGGUUGACUUGUUACACCCUCAGACCACACAUUCUAUUCUGCCAUAACAGUGUAUUAGGAGGUCCUGAAGCGGACACUAUUGAACAAAUCCUUAAUGUGUGUACUGGGAACCCAAAUAAACGUGUAAAACUGUCGUUUUUACACAGGAACACA